GGAUUCAGUUCUGAUCAUGACAGUUUACCGAUGUGAUUUGUUCCUGGGAUCACAGAAGACCCACCUCCAGGAAAAGACUCCUCCGUGGUUUGUUCCCUCCUCCCUCCCAUCUUCUUCUCCCUUUGUCAUCUUGCGCGCUCCGCACAGGAGAAGCCGCAGUCUGCAGCGAGCGCAGCGCAAAUUUCAACCUCUUUUCUCUAAGCGAGGAUAUAAGAAGAGUUUGCACCACUUUCGUUUCCCCACACUCUAAAUGGGACCAGACGACUGAGGCGAGCCUGUUGCAUCACUUCACCCCGGAGCCGCAGCGAUGGACUGUUGCGCAUAUGGUUCGGUGCGCCUCUUGUUCCCUGGAUAUUUACGCAUCGCGCUGCUGUGGCUCGUGCAAACAGGAGCGUUCGCGCAACAUGCACCGGAGUGUUACCCGGGAGGCCAUCGGACUCUGCGUAAUCCCUACCGGAGCGUGGACUUUGACUCCACAGAGAUCCAGAACACUGCCAUCCAGGAUCUGAUCUGCGACCACUCGCUGUCGCCGGGCUGGUACAGGUUCAAGAUCAACAAUAAACCGGCGGAGAUGCCGACCACCUGCGUUGAGAUGAACCGCUGUGGCACACAGGCUCCAGUGUGGCUGUCACUGAAGGACGCCUCCCUGCCGCGGCCCGGCGACGUCCGCCAGCUCUCCGCCUGCGCCACCUGGCAGUUCUUCCACGGCAGCGCCAAAGACUGCUGCUUGUUCCGCAUCCCCGUCACUGUGAGGAACUGCGGCGAGUUCAUGGUCUACCACCUGCAGCCCACGCAGGGGUGCAUGGGAUACUGUGCUAAAGUUGCCUCUGAUGUGGGACCAAGACUCUGCCCUCCAGGUGAGGUGGAAGUCAGCGGCCGAUGCAAAGCCUCCGUCCCAUCCCUGCCCUCCCGGCCCGUGAUCACUGCGGAGCUGCUCGGCCACAGCGUCCACCUGAGGUGCUCCUUCAUCCCGCCGCCGUGGAGCCAGCUGCUGGGCUUCCAGGUGGUUUGGGCCAGACACAUCGGCCACAGCAUGAAGGCUGAGAUCAGGCAGGAAUCCACGCUGAAGCCCUUCUCUCUGGUGGAGAUGGAUGGCGUUCACUUCAGGCUGGGAGAAACGUUCUCCUGCAGUGUGUCGACUGUCAGAGCCAACUCCAGCAGCACCAGAUCUACGCCAAAAGAAAGUGAGAGUUUCUAUGCUGGACUGAAGUUUUCUCCAGACUCGCUCCACAUCGCAGAGAACGGAAAGGAGCAUGAGGUGACCGUCCACAGCACAGUGCCCAUCCCCUGCUACAACCCCGACCACGGCAACCAGUGUGGAGUCCCUCUGGCUCUGAGCGUCCACGACCCAGACAGCUUCGAACACGAGGCCUCAAAUGUGGCGCUGUCCGCCUGCCAGGUGGAGCUGCAGCCUGACGCCUGCAGCGACGGCAGCUGCGGCCGGGCGACGUUUUUUGUCACCGCCGUCACUGAUUUCACACGAGAUGGGAACCGUCUGAGCCUGAUCGGUGGUCUGCCCGGACCCAGCGCGCCACGACUCUGGAGGAACUAUGUCCCAGUGUCUCUUAAAGUCACAGUCCAGGAUGUUCCCACUUCCAUCUGCUACUCUCUGACUGACCCACAUAUCAUUACAUUGGACGGCAGGCGUUAUGAAAACCAGCAGACUGGCACCUUUGUUCUUUACCGGAGUCUCGCCCGAGAGUUCGAGGUCCACUCUCGCCAGUGGGACUGCGGCAGCCGACACUACGCCGUUGCCUGCAACUGUGGCGUGGCGGUACGAGAGGGGAACGAGGUUGCCGUCUUUGACAUGUGCGACGGUCAGCCGCAGGAGAGCAGGCCACAGCUCACCCUGAAGAACCUCGGUGACGGGGAGGGCGGUCGGCUCAGGGUGCUGGAGACCCACCAGGGGAAGAAGGUCACCUUGAUCUUUCCCUCCGGGGCCUUUGUUAGGGCCGAUGUUGGUGACUGGGGGAUGAGCCUGUCCGUCCGGGCGCCCAGCGUCGACUACGGCAACACGAAAGGCCUCUGCGGCACCUUCGACCGCAAUGGCAGCAACGAUUUCCACAGCUCUGACGGCAGCUCCUCUGGCCCUGAUAACCUGCAGCGCUUCAUAGAGGACUGGAGGAUAGCUCCAGGUGAGAGUUUAUUUGACAAGACGCCUCCCGGGACGACGCAGGAGGUCAGGAGGCCCUUCUGUCAGUGCCAGAAAGGAUUCAGCACUUCUCAUCACGCUGGCAGAGGGAUGAGGAACCUGUACAAUCCUUCCGCUCACUCCGACUGCAUCGCUUACGAUAAUGUGGAUUACACAUCUGUGUUCCCCUCUAUGGACACAACAGUGGAAUACAUCAAGAGUCCAGAAAGAGAGGAAAGCAUCCUGGAUAUGUCUGCCUUUAUCAGUCAUCCUCUGGAGAGGAGGCACCUUUGGUUUCACAGUGAGAACAAUCAGAACAGUGACGGUGAUCCUGAACUAGACAGCGAGUUCCGGAGGGAUCAUCUGCUUUCCGCUGACAGGCAGAGAAGACGGGCCCCAUUUGAAUUCCAGCCUGUCUUUGCCGCUCAAAGCCUCAGUCAGGCCGACCUGCAGAAUUUCGCUUACUUCUUCCCCGAGGAUCACCUGGCAGAGGCCCGACCGGAGGUGCAACCCCAGUGGCCCACGCCGAGCGGCCUGACCUCGGCCAAAGCUCUGGAGGUGUGCCAGAUGGCUUUGGCCAACUCCACUGUCGGCGCGGUGUGCCGGGGGCUGCUGGGACGGCGCCUGGACGAGGCCGUGGAUCUCUGCAUUCUGGACCUGCAGCUCAAAGACGAUUUGGGCUGGGAGGAGGCGCUGCUGCCGUACCUGGAGAAUGAGUGCGAGAGAAGGUUGCUGGAAAACCGGACCCAGAGGGCUUUGGAGGUGGCUGGUCCACCAGGAGCGUCCGGGGAAGUGGUGACAGCGCUGCGCUGCCCUAACUUUUGCAAUGGAAAUGGAGAGUGUACAGAAUGGGGCUGCCAGUGUUAUCCCAGCCACAGCUUCUAUGACUGCAGCCUGGCCAUCAGCCAGCCAGUAGAGUUAACAGACCUGGAGAACAGUGGACUUUGUGACAUCCGAGCCUUUGACUGUCGAAGCGUUCGAGUCUUCGGCCUCGGCUUCAUCGACUCUCCUGACCUCAGCUGUCACGCCACCAGACUCAAGUACAUGAACGGCGUCUGGGUUACAGGGGAAAAACAGAGAACAAAAGCCACUUUCCUCAGCUCCAAAGCUUUGGACUGUGCCGUCCCAUCUCUGAGCAACACCGCCGUCAACACAGAGGACUUCAUGAUGGACGACAAACCAUACGCACGCUGGGAGAUUAAGGUGACCAAUGAUGGAUCCCAGUACAGUCAGGCCAAGGUGCUGACAAUCUACGAUGGCGUUUGUCAGGUCUGCGAGGCGUCGCGCUCAGGACUCUGUAAGUUAAAGGAGCGGACGUGUAACAUCGACGGGAUGUGUUUCGCAGAGGGAGACUCCAAUCCCAGCAGCCCUUGCCUCCUCUGUGACCCUCACACCUCCAAAUUCACCUGGUCUGUGAACCAAGUAAACGAGCCGCCGGCCUUCCACCGACCUCAGAUCAACCUGCGAACAUUCGCCGGCGAGAACUUUGUCUUCCAGUUUGCGGCGUCAGACCCCGAGGGCUCGGCGCUGCUCUUCCAGCUGGAGGAGGGUCCACAGGGGGCUGUUCUCUCCCCAGCUGGCCUCCUUAUCUGGAGAGUCCCCCCGGUGCCUCCAGAGGAGAGGGGACGCUCGUUCCGCUUCACGCUGUCCGACGAGUGCAACGCCCAGAGCACCUUCACUGUGGAGAUUGACGUGGUGCCGUGCGGCUGUCAGAACGGAGGCACGUGCGUGACAGAUGUCAACUUCCCUGCCGGCAGUGGGAAAUACCUAUGCGUGUGUCCUGAGGGGACGAAGGGUGAGCUCUGCGAGGAGGACGUGGACGAAUGUUUGUCGGCUCCGUGCACGGUCGGCAAGUGCAUCAACACGGUCAGUGGGUACAGAUGCGAGUGUCCUGCGGGGCUGAGAGGUAAAACUUGCCUGGAAGAUAUCAAUGAGUGUGAAAGGAAGCCCUGUUUCCCUGGAGUCCAGUGCUUCAAUAGCUUUGGCUCCUAUGGCUGCGGCCCCUGCCCCAAGGGCAUGCUGGGAAAUGGGACAAAAUGUACAGCAGUCGUCAGGCCGGCCACCAUCACUCCCACAUCUGCUCCUCGUACGACUGUCUACAAGAUACCAGAUGUUCUGCUGCAACCCCCCAAAAUGAAGACAGACUCUUUCUGGAAGACCUCGAGUGGCAGCUCCCCACAGACGAGGGCUGAAGCGGGGAAGACGUUUCCGAGAAUUGACCCGGGCCGAUCACAAACCAACAAGAGCAUCACAGCAAUUACACCGAGUGUCUCCCAAACAAGGACAGACGCUCUGAGGAAAACCCAAGGAAUUAACUUCAGCCCAUCCAAGAUUAACACAGACACCGCUAAGAACAACUCAGGAAUUGCAUCAGAACAAAUCAAGCCUGAUCAAUCCAAAAUCAGUAACACUAUUGUCCAGACACCCACUGUAGCCCAACCGUCAGGAAGUGGCAGAGCAGCCUCAGGAUCGACUCAGUUUCCAGCCGUCAUUGUGUCAGCCACGUGUGCCAGCAGGCCCUGCUUCCCCGGGGUUCAGUGCAUCAACCGCAGGCCGCCGCACGUCGGCUACGUCUGCGGCCGCUGCCCGCCCGGCCUUUACGGCAACGGACGUGUCUGUAUGAAGAACGCCAAGGCAGCAUCCAAUCACCUCCCUCAGCAGCAGACAGUGGGCAAGACCAGCCGAUCCCCGCACGGAAGUAGCAGCAAAGUCUCCCAGCUGCACCUGCCAAGCCUGCCCUCCAGACACAGCAUCAAACACCUGUCACUGUCUGUCACCAGACCGAACCAGGACGCUGCCCCACGCCAGGCUCCCGCCUCAGGGAGGGGAGGUGGUACUGGGAGGAGAGAGGCAGUCACUGCUUCCAGAGAAAUUCCAAAGACAUCAGUGAGCGCUCUUCAUGUCACCCACCAAAGUGUCAACCCUAGAUCAGAUGCUAGGACAUACCCGAGAGCUAGCAUCACUGCCUCCAGAGAGCUUGUAGUUCCCCAUGUGACUGUCCCCAAGCAGUCUGAAGCCGCACUGAGCGGAGCCACACCUGUUAAAGUAACUCCUCCUGCUCCUCACCUCUCCACUCAGCCUCGUGAAGUGACGCAGCACAGACAGACAACCCAGCCUCAGCUCAACCACCUGGCAUCCACCCAGGCCAAACCCUGGACCCCUUCAAGACCUGCCCUGCCGCUUACAGCUGCCCUCACCGCUCUGUCCUACUCUCUGUCCGAGUCGGAGUUCUCUGCAGAUGGAGACGAGGCUGAGCCUGGAUCUGAAGCAGAGAUGCCGCAGAUGAUUCCGGCGCUGAGCUUCACAACGCCAGGAAAGGCGGUCUACAGCCCCCCGCUGCAGAGAGCCACCUCGGUCCAGCCAGGGGUCAGGAGCGGUACGACAGCCGACAAGCAUGUGACAACCUGCGCCGACCGGCCGUGCUUUCCUGGUGUCCAGUGUGAGCCAGCCAUGGACGGGGGCUUCAGCUGUGGGAGGUGUCCUGUAGGGUACACCGGUGAUGGACGAGCCUGUCGAGCUGUUUGCAGACAUACAUGUGGCAGAAACAUGGAGUGUGCUGCACCAAAUACCUGCCGCUGCAAACCAGGCUACACUGGAUUUGACUGUCAGACGGCAAUCUGUGAUCCGGAGUGUAUGAACGGGGGUGUUUGCAUCGCUCCGGGUGUGUGUCAGUGUCUGAGAGGAUUUCAUGGAGAAACUUGUCAGGAAGCUCUGUGCAGAUUACCGUGUGAAAACGGAGGAACCUGUGUGGGUCUGCAGACUUGUUCCUGUCCUUAUGGGUUUGUUGGACCUCGGUGUGAGACCAUGGUGUGUAGCCGCCACUGUCACAACGGAGGCCAGUGUGUGUCUCCAGAUGAGUGCUCGUGUCUGCCAGGCUGGACUGGACCGUCCUGUGAGACCGCUCUCUGCUCUCCCGUCUGUCUGAACGGAGGCUCGUGUGUUCGGCCGAAUGUCUGCGAGUGUCCUCACGGUUUCUACGGAGCACAGUGUCAGAACGCCGUCUGCAGCCCUCCCUGUAAAAAUGGUGGCGUCUGUAUGAGGAACAACAUCUGCUCCUGUGUGCAGGGAUACACGGGGAGGCGCUGCGAGAAAAGUGUGUGUGAGCCCAUGUGUAUGAACGGCGGCAGGUGCGUCGGCCCAGAUGUUUGCGAUUGUCCGUCAGGUUGGCGAGGGAAGAGAUGUGAUAAACCCAGCUGUCUGCAGAAGUGUCUGAAUGGAGGAGAGUGUGUGGGUCCCAACACCUGCCACUGCUCCCCGGGGUGGCAAGGCAUGCUGUGCCAGAUCCCUCACUGUGAACAGAAGUGUCUGUACGGCAGCCGAUGUGUCCGACCGAACGUCUGCGCCUGCCGGAGCGGAUACUCAGGUUCUCUUUGCUCCAGGAGGCUCCCUAUUGCCCAAGGUUGAGAUCCAAACACCAAACAGCUGGAGCUGGAUCGGCACCAAUAAAGCCUUCAGGUGAUCCAGAUCCAUCAGCACAGAGCAUCAUCAAAAGAAAAACCUCUCCACUGGAUUACACUGCCAGGUUCAAACUCCAGGGAAUCACCCACAUUCUUUUCAAACCAAGCAGAGCAAAGUCUGACUCCAGAGGUCAGCUUCAUCUCUGUGUGUGUCCAGCACAGGACUGAGCUUAGCACUUAAACUGGAAGCAGGGGGAAAACUAAUGUUUUUACAACCUGAUGGUGCCCAAAAAUACUCAUCUAAAAGCAACACUUUCUGCAGUUAUUUCUUGACAAACUACAGUUUAUUUCUUGGUCCUGCAUCUCUACAGCUGCAGCAAGUGAUGCCAGUUAUAAUAAAUAUGAUUUUGUGCAAAUGUGGUGAUUGCUCACGUAACCUGAUUUCUAAGAGUAAACUGGUUUCUUGUUUUUCACUAAAUGAGGCUAACAGUUUCCACCUGCUUCCAGUCUUUGUGCUAAGCUAGGCUAGCAAGAUGCUGGCUUGUUGUACUCGACAGAUUUUUUGCUAUGUAUGCGUCUGAUCAUUACCUGAAUUUCACCACUUAAUAUUCUAACAUUACAAAAGGCUCAGUCUGCAGAAGACAGAUUUCUUCUUUUGUUAUCAUCCUGCAUUGAUGAGCUGGUACUUUAUUGAUCAGUGAGACUGAUCAUUUCAAAGCUGGUCAUUCUCUCCUCUUGGACACUUUCUACUUCUUCACUGUAAACUCCAUCAUGUUCAGGUUCUACACAACAAACCCAAACCUCUGUAUGAGUAUUUAUUUAUUUGGUUGUUUUAUACUGUCGCAUAUUUCUUGUUGUAUAUAUCUUAAUCACUGUAUAAUCUAUGGUAUUUCUUAUUAAAGCAUUGUUUAUUGGUUGUUUUGUAAGAAAACUAAUAAAGAUCCUUUAAAGGUA